GAAUGAUAAUAUAAUCACAAUUUGAUUUACAUCUGCAUACUUAUCUGCUUAUUCUGCUGUUGCAUGAAACGAAUACAAAUGUACCAGUACAACUCCAGUACAAAACUAACAAACCAAUCUUCAAAGCAAACAUUUGUGGUGAGGGAAAAUAUUUUUAUGGAAUUCAUUUUUGGUAUAUAUAAUCCUUUAUGAAUUCAGUCAAUGGACCGCAAAGACUAGAGGCAAAGAAGGGUCCGAACUUUCACCAGUCAAUAUUGAGUAUGAAUGUUUCAUCAUGUGGUUGUCCUUGGUUGCUCUUACAGCGUGAACCUGAGUCACAACAUGUCUUUUUUGUCUCAUGAAAUCUACUGUUAGAAUAUGAGGAUUACAGUAUGAAUGACGUUGGACCAUUUUAAUAUAAUGGCUGAUCUUAAGAAAUGAAGAUACCUAACACACACACACACACACAUUUUAUAGUACCGUAUUUAGUCUAACGAGUAGUAUCUGAAUUAAAAUGAUUGAUAUAUAAUUAUAUUAUCUUCAAAAACAUGGUCAGAUUGUUACUGCCACCACACACCUCCUUACAAUCUCCCUUCAGUAUGAAGGCAGAGUUAAUGACGCUGUAGCACAAGGAAAUAUUUAACAAACACAGCAAUGAUGGCCGCUAUGUUGGAUUCAAAGUACUGAGGAUCACGAGGACAGGCUUUUUUGCAGGGGUUGCAGUUUUUUGCUGACUCUGGUUUCUGUGCUAUCCUGUCUGAAACUUUCACACACUCCUGAUGGUGAAGGGAUCAUGGAGAGCAGCAGAGUGAGGGCUCCACCACCGAGUCCCCCAGAAGAGGAUGUUCGAGAGGAAAAGGUCUACGGCAAUGUUUUUGCAGAACUUGAGUCAGUAGACUUGCCUUUGGGGACAACCUUAAGAUCCGUGUACGAUGACCAGCCUAACGCGCACAAGCGGUUUAUGGAAAAACUGGACGCCAGAAUACGAAACCAUGACCGAGAGAUCGAGAAGAUGUGCAACUUCCACCAUCAAGGGUUCGUCGAUGCCAUCACAGAGCUCCUCAAAGUCCGAGCGGAUGCAGAGAAACUGAUGGGCCAAGUGACUGACACCAAUCGAAGACUUCAAGACGCCGGGCGAGAGGUGACUGCUCAGACAGAAGAGGUGAUUCGCUGCAGGGUUCAGCAGAGGAACAUGGCCACCACUGUGGAGAAACUGCAGCUCUGUAUCCCUGUGUUGGAAAUGUACAGCAAAUUGAAGGAACAGCUUGAAUCCAAAAGAUACUAUGCUGCACUGAAAACCAUGGAGCAGCUGGAGAACAUUUAUAUUCCCAGAGUGAGCCAGUAUCGUUUCUGUCAGAUCAUGGCUGAGACGCUGCCUAAACUCCGCGAGGAGAUCAAGGAGAUCUCUAUGUCGGACCUGAAAGACUUCCUGGAGAGUAUCAGAAAGCACUCAGAUAAGAUCGGUGAAACGGCGAUGAAACAGGCCCAGCAGCACAGGACGUUUAUCAGUGCCGUGCAGAAGCAGGCGAAUCUCGGUUGUGCUAAACCCCUGUACAGCCUCAAUGGCAGAACAUCGGUCCGGCACAAUGGCCUGGCUGCAGAGGAAACAGUCGAUGAAGAGGAGGCUGAUGAGGAAGUGUUAACAGUGCAGGAUCUGGUGGACUUCUCUCCUGUUUACCGGUGUCUUCACAUCUACACUAUUUUGGGCGACCGCGAGACGUUUGAAAAUUAUUACAGAAAGCAAAGGAAAAAACAAGCAAGGCUGGUGCUGCAGCCCCAAUCAAACAUGCAUGAAACAGUGGAGGGCUACAGAAAGUACUUUAACCAGAUAGUUGGGUUUUUUGUCGUGGAGGACCACAUAUUGCACGCCACGCAAGGUUUAGUUACCCGAGCGUUCACAGACGAGCUGUGGAACAUGGCCCUGUCCAAAAUCAUCGCUGUUCUCCGCACACACUCGUCUUACUGCAACGAUCCUGACCUGGUCCUAGAGCUGAAGAACCUGAUCGUUAUCUUUGCAGACACAUUGCAGAGUUAUGGCUUCUCGGUGAACAGACUCUUCGACCUGUUGUUUGAGAUUCGAGAUCAAUACAAUGAAACGCUGCUGAAGAAGUGGGCGCUGGUGUUCAGAGAAAUAUUUGAGCUGGACAACUACAGCCCCAUCCCUGUAGAAAACGAAACCGAGUACAAGCUUGUGGUCAGUAGAUUCCCCUUCCACGAUGCCGAGAUCGAAAAGCAACCAUUUCCAAAGAAGCUGCCCAUGUCCCAGUCAGUGCCUCAGAUCUACAUUCAGGUCAAGGAGUUCAUCUAUGCCAGUUUAAAGUUCUCCGAGUCACUGCAUCGCAGCUCUACUGAGAUUGACGACAUGCUCCGUAAAUCCACCAACCUGCUGCUGACGAGGACGCUGAGCGGCUGCUUACAGAACCUCAUCCGAAAGCCUCAUAUAGGACUCACUGAGUUGGUUCAGAUCAUCAUAAAUACCACCCACUUAGAGCAAGCGUGUAAAUACCUGGAAGAUUUCAUCACCAACAUUACCAACGUCUCUCCGGAAACCAUCCACACCACAAGACUCUACGGCCUCUCCACGUUUAAGGAUGCCAGGCAUGCAGCGGAAGGCGAGAUCUACACCAAGCUCAACCAGAAGAUCGACGAGUUCAUCCAGCUUGCCGAUUACGAGUGGAGCAUGGCCGAGUCGGACGGCAGGGCCAGUGGCUACCUCAUGGAUCUCAUCAACUUCCUGCGUAGCACCUUCCAGGUCUUCACACACCUGCCGGGGAAAGUGGCUCAGACGGCCUGCAUGUCAGCCUGCAAGCACCUCGCCACGUCCAUGAUGCAGAUGCUUCUGGACACGGAGCUCAAGCAGGUCAGCAUGGGAGCCAUCCAGCAGUUCAACCUGGAUGUCAUCCAGUGUGAACUAUUUGCCAGUUCAGAGCCUGUGCCGGGAUUCCAGGGGGACACACUACAGCUGGCAUUCAUUGACCUUCGACAGUUGCUGGACUUGUUCAUGGUGUGGGACUGGUCCACUUACCUAGCAGACUACGGCCAGCCCACCUCAAAGUAUCUUCGGGUCAACCCGUCCACUGCACUUGCACUUUUGGAAAAGAUGAAGGACACAAGCAAAAAGAACAACAUCUUUUCCCAGUUCCGCAAAAACGACCGCGACAAGCAGAAGCUGAUCGAGACGGUGGUGAAGCAGCUGAGGAGUUUAGUGAACGGCAUGUCGCAGCACUCCUAGAUCGUCCCUUUUACCUUUUCCCUCCUGCACUCCCCAAUCCCACAUGUGAACGCACGCUGCAGAAUCGAGACCAACUUCAAGACUACUGUCGUUUAUUUCCUGCGCCGACUACGAAGGCUCGGAUUCCACCGAACCACUUUUGAGUUUCGCAGCGUAGCUCGCUCACCCGGACUCCUCCCUCUGCCAAAACGUCUCCCGCUGUGUCACGUUCCCUUUCAAACUGAAUCGAUAAUGUAAAUAUGGGAUUUAAAAAAAAACAAAAAAAACAAAGUGGUCGGUUUAAAAAUGCAAACAAUUAAGCGGUAAUUUCUUCUUUUAAUGUAUUUUUAAUGGCCAAGGAUUAUGUUUUGUAUAUUGUGGAAGUGAAAUGAUUGUAUCACUACUCUGGAGUGCUGAUGUGGAAAUGACGAAUGAUGAAGUCCUCACGCGAGACUGACGUUCAUGCCGAGAUCUUUGAGAAAUUCUCCGGAGUGGGCUAGGCCGUGAAGAUUUUAGUGUAAAUAUUUUAAAUUCUAUUUAACACUACUAUAAAAUCAUGCUUCCCACACAUCUGAAGUAAAUCAAUUCGGCUCAAACUAUGUCAAUUCAUGGCUUUGGGGAGAAAAAACCUUGCAUGAAUGGGUUUUAUUUUUUUUAAGGCUGAAAAUGACAGGAUGAUUGAAUAACUUUUGCAUCUAUUCUAAACCAUUUUUUUUCUUGUAAAGGAAUAAUGGUCUUCAGCUGUAAAACUGCAUUUCAUUAUGUACAAAACAGUUCCUUGUGUCUGAAAUGUUCUGUGGAAUUCUAUUUUUUAUUUCAUUUUUAUUUCCUCAGGGUGAAAUGAAAGCUUUUUUUUUUUUUUUUUUUUUUUUUUUUUUUUUAAGUUCGAAGGCUUUUGAAAUCACACUAUGGCGGAAGAAAGCGAGCAAUAACUGGUCCGGAUGCAGCCGCCAAAGCAAAGCUGCAUUUCAUUUUGACUUUUGGUUGCUCUUGGUCUUUCCGCAGACUUUGCACCAAAUAUUACUUAAGUUAUUUACAUAUGUAUAUGUAAGGUAUUUACAUAUAUAUGUGUAUAUAUGUAUGUAUGCUUAUGAAAUUCAAAUUGUUGUUGUACAAACCACAAAAUGGAACCUAGAAAUUCUCUACAUAAGAAGUGAGUGCAGGGCUGGGGCUUGUUCCAGUCCCUAAACAAAUAAAUAAAUAAAUAAAUAAAUCGCAUUGAAACUUUAUUCAUAAUUCUUAGUGAUGCCACAUGGUCAGUUUUUCCUCCAGUUUGUUAUGGCUGAAACAGCACUAGUUAUAUUUCUCCCCUUCUUAUUGAAUGCAGAAGAUACCAGCCUGCUGGUGAUGCUGCAUAAUUAUAUCUCCGACAUGAAGUUCAGUGAGAACUCCCCAAGAGCGUAACUUUUCCCAGAAUGCAUUUGUUUUUGUCUGCUUUAAUAAAACGGGAUCAACAAAAUUGUGUGUCGUGUAAUUUAUUCACAAAGACAUUGACUAUUACUGAUAACUUGUGAUCUCUGAUCUUAAGUUGGAUUUGAAUAUGCAAAUACAACAUUAAUAGAUGGACAUACGCCAGUUCUUCUGAACAUGAAAGUCAGAAUAGCAAGCAGUUAUAUAUCGAUGACCUGUUUAAAAGUUAUAACUGUGUAAAUUUGGCUGACAAUUGAAAAUCCAAUGCUGGGGAAGGAGGUUAAGGAAUUGCACUAAGAGAGUGUAAUGAAAUGGGCUGAAUUCGAAAUGUCCUCACACUUCUCAAAUACGGUUUGUUGCUCAAGUAUUCACGCGCUUGAACUUUAGCAGGUUUUGUAGUGUCGCAACCUGGAACUCAAGCAGACUUGGUAUCAUGAACCUACACAAAAUGGCUCGUAAUGUUGACGUGGAUGUGUUGUGAUUGUAUAAGCAUCCACAUUUAUUGCUGUAGAAUUACCAAAUUAGUUCUGAUUCAACCAGUACCCAGCACAAGUCAUAUACAAGUCACGGUGUGCUCAUAAGUUUACAUACGCCUUGAGGAAUCUGUAAAAUGCUAAUAAUUUUUUUUAAAUGCGUUUUAUUUUUUUAUUUAGUCCUGCCCUGAAUAAGCUAUUUCACAUGACAGAUGUUUACAUAUAGUCCACAAGACAUGAUAAUAACUGAAUUUACACAAAUGAACCAGUUUAAAAGUUUACACUACGCUUGAUUCUUGAUACUGUGUGUCGUUACCUGGAUGAUCAACGACCGUGUGUAUGUUUUGUGAUGAUUGUUCAGUUAAACCGCCCCACUGUUCUUCAGAAAAAUCCUCCAGGUCCUGCACAUUCUUUACUUUUCCAGCAUCUUCUACAUAUUUGACUCCUUUCCAUCAGCGACUCUAUGAUGUUGAGAUCCAUCUUUUCACACUGAGGACGAUUGAUGGACUCGUACACGACUAUUACAUAAUGUGCAAACAUUCACUGAUGAUCCA